AUGAGUGCCAUAGAGGGAUCAGCGAAAGAACUAAAAGAAAAGGAUCAACAUCUACCUGAAAAUGAAAAUGAAAAUGAAAAUGAAAAUCAAGAUAAUUCUUCAAUAAAAAAUUUAGAUGUGAUUGCAAAGAGAAGAAGACAAAAUAGAGAAGCACAAAGAGCUUAUCGUGAAAGAAAAGCAAAUAGAAUACAAGUGUUAGAGCGAUCAAUGGGUAUCUUACAAGAUAUGGUUACGUCAUGGGAAAAAAAAUAUAAUGAUUUAAAAUUGCAAUAUGAUGAACAAACUGUUGAACUAAAUACCCUCAAGUUGAGACUACAAAUCGGUGAUAGAGUCCCCGCUGUUUCUGAUUCCACAAAUAAAGAUAUGGAGAAGGGAUCUGGACAAUUUUUGAAUAGAUCUACCAAUUCAUUGACUAGUCUCAUCACAACUAUCCCCCCACCACCAGCUACGUCCGCGAUGCCAUUAACGGCUACAGAAGAACCGUAUUCAGCUAACACUUUUGAAAGGAUUAAAAAAUACAUGAUAGGAGACAAGUCUUCAUCAGUAAGCACAUCCCCGAGCUUAAAUAGAGAAUCAUAUCAAGGAUCUGUAUUGCCUUCCCCUGGCGUAUCAAAACCAUUGCAUUUACGAGGACACACCAAAAACAAUUCCAAUAAUUUUGUCGCAAUUAAAGGAAAUAAUAAUUACAAUAGUCUUCUGUACAUGUUGGACAGUAUAUCGAAAAGGACUACUGUGUUGCCUCCAUUGAACCAAGGCAAAAAUAAUGAGAUAAUAGAUAAGCCUGAAUCACCUUUAUCAUCAGCCACGUUACAAUGA